UCCCUUCUUCUUCUUCUUCUUAAAAGCUCCACAAGAUUUUUUUGGCUCCUUUUUUUUUUAGCUCUGCCAAAUGAAAUCUUCACUUAAAUGAUUUAAGGAAUGGAUUGUGGCUGUCUACACUCCCAACUCAGUACCACAGUUUUAGUACAUAGCAAAGGGAGAAUUCAACCCCCUAAAGUCAGAAUUUUGAGAUGCAAUCCCCAGUAUAAUCUAAGUUCACUUGAUUCUUUGCAGCAAAGUUGCAGUGGGGUGGCAAUUCAAUUGAAGUUUAGAGGUCCAUCAGAGAAGUUACGUCCUGUCCGAGCCGCUGUUAUCAGAUGCGAUCAUCCGCAAAAUGCAGAUUUGCCUCGUUACUAUUCAAGGAAGGAGAAGAAGCCCUUUCCAAUACCUAUUGUGGAGCUACGAAGAGCUGCGAGGGAGAGAAUGAAAAAUCGACUACCUAAAAGACGUGUGCCUCCACCAAAAAUCGGAUUGGUCAUCAAAAGCCUACUUCCUCUCGCGUACAAUGUGUUUAACGCACGGAUAACAGUGAUUAACAAUCUCAAGCGGCUCUUGAAAGUGGUACCUGUUAAUGGUUGCAAGUGGUGUAACGAAAUCCAUGUGGGACCUGUUGGGCAUCCUUUCAAGUCAUGUAGAGGAUCACAAGCUUCAAAACGCAAAGGACAUCAUGAGUGGGGAAAGGCAGUUCUUGAAGACAUAAUGGUGCCACUUGAAUCCUACCAUUUAUAUGAUCGCCUAGGGAAACGAAUUUCACAUGAGGAGAGAUUUUCUAUCCCUCGAAUCCCUGCAGUAGUGGAGCUUUGUAUCCAAGCAGGUGUUGAUAUACCCGAAUAUCCUACCAAGAGGAGAAGAAAACCAAUAAUAUGGACCGGAAAAAAUGAAUUCGUUGAUGCAGAUGAAAGUGAAUUACCUGAUCCCGAACCAGAAUCUCCAAAGCCUCCAAUUUUAACCGAGAUACCCGAUGUAGAUGUAGAACCACCGUCGAGUGCAGAAGAAACGGUGUUGCUCGCUGAAGAAACACUCGAAGCGUGGGAAAGAAUGAGAGUAGGAGCGAAUAGGCUGAUGAAGAUGUAUCCGGUGAGAGUUUGCGGGUACUGUCCGGAGGUGCAUGUUGGUCCAAGCGGACACAAAGCACAAAACUGUGGAGCUCAUAAGCACCAACAACGAAACGGGCAACACGGUUGGCAGACAGCAGUGCUAGAUGACUUAAUACCACCAAGAUAUGUGUGGCACGUUCCCGAUGUAACUCAAUCGUUGCAACGAGAGCUUCGGAGCUUCUAUGGGCAAGCUCCUGCAGUGGUGGAAAUAUGUGUACAGGCUGGUGCUGAAGUCCCGGAGCAAUACAAGCCAACUAUGAGGUUUGAUGUGGGGAUUCCUAGCAGUAUCAAAGAAGCAGAAAUGGUUGUUUAGAACUGGUAAUGGUUUCAUUUCUUUGCUCUUCCCAAUUGUAAAGAAUGACUUGUAAAAGUGUGAAAUUGAUCGAACUAUAACAAUUACUUGCUAAGUUCUUGCUGUAUAAUUCAUUGACAGAGCUAGCUGGAGCAAUUUUCGCAGCCAUUAUAUAAUAUAUUUUUUCCCCUCA